GCAUGUGUGCCUGCACGUAGCAUUCAGGCUGAGACUCUCAGAAAUCCAGCCCUAAACUCCAGAUAGCCAACAGUUCACCGAAACAUCACAGAGAGGAGGAUCUUCUCCCCGUUGAUUCGGCGGGUCCUUCCCGAGGAAGUGAGACUUACUUGAGAGGACACAGCGGCUGAGGUCACGGUCCUGCUAGCUACAGGAUGCUCUGGACGAGAAUGGAGCUCCCAUGUUGGUGUUUAUUGCUGCUGAGCUGCCUGCAGUCGCUCUCAGCCCACAAUGAUUUCUUCACCUCCAUAGGCCAGAUGACAGAUCUGCUGUACACUGAAAAAGACCUUGUUACGUCUCUGAAGGAUUACAUCAGAGCGGAGGAGAGCAAACUGGAGCGGGUCAAGCGGUGGGCUGACAAGUUGGAUUCCUUGACAGCAACAGCCACGCAGGACCCUGAGGGUUUUUUGGGCCACCCUGUCAAUGCCUUCAAACUGAUGAAGAGGCUGAACACCGAGUGGGGGAACCUUGAGAGUCUUGUGCUUAGUGACACCACUGAUGGAUUUAUCUCCAACUUGACCAUCCAAAGGCAGUACUUUCCCACAGAGGAGGACCAGACUGGGGCUGCUAAAGCUCUUCUCCGGUUACAAGACACCUACAAUCUAGAUGCCAACACUAUUUCUACAGGAAACCUACCUGGAGUGAUGCACAAGAGCCAGAUGACAGUGGAGGAUUGUUAUGAGCUGGGUAAAAUCGCCUACUCAGACGCUGAUUAUUACCACACAGAGCUGUGGAUGGCCCAGGCCCUGAAACAGCUCGAUGAGGGAGAGGAGUCCACCAUAGACAAGGUGACAGUGCUGGACUAUCUGAGUUACUCUAUCUACCAGCAGGGGGAGAUAGAGCGAGCGCUGGACUACACCCUGAGGCUGCUUGAACUGGACCCAGAGCACCAGCGUGCCAAGGGUAACGUGAAAUACUUUGAGUUCCAGUUGGAGAAGCAGAAAACAGCAGGGGAAAACGCUCCGAAAAAAGAGGAGCGAGGAAAAAGAGACACAACCGAAAAGAAGAAGAAGUCGAAGAAAUCUUUCUCUCUGAUACCAGAGAGGAAGAAGUAUGAGAUGCUUUGUCGAGGAGAGGGUAUUAGGAUGACCCCACGCAGACAGAGCCAGCUGUUCUGUCGAUAUCACGACAACAAUCGCAACCCCAGGUUUGUGCUGGCACCUGUCAAACAGCAAGACGAGUGGGACCGCCCCUACAUCGUUCGCUACCUCGACAUCAUCUCGGACGCAGAAAUCGAGAAAAUCAAGCAGCUGGCAAAACCACGGCUGCGCAGGGCAACCAUCUCCAACCCCAUCACUGGAGUGCUGGAGACAGCUUCUUACAGGAUCAGCAAAAGGCGAGCCACGGUGCAUGACCCUCAAACUGGGAAACUUACCACAGCCCAGUACAGAGUCUCCAAGAGUGCUUGGCUCACAGCCGAUGAAGAUCCUGUGAUUGAAAGGAUCAAUGAGAGGAUCGAGGACAUCACAGGUCUGGAAAUGGACACAGCAGAAGAACUUCAGGUUGCAAAUUACGGUGUUGGAGGGCAGUAUGAACCUCACUUUGACUUCGGAAGGAAAGAUGAACCAGAUGCCUUUAAAGAACUGGGAACUGGAAAUCGGAUUGCAACGUGGCUCUUUUAUAUGAGUGACGUGACUGCAGGGGGAGCCACAGUAUUCCCUGAUGUAGGCGCCGCAGUUUGGCCUAAAAAGGGUACUGCUGUGUUCUGGUAUAAUCUGUUUGCCAGUGGGGAAGGAGACUACAGCACUCGGCAUGCAGCCUGUCCAGUGUUGGUGGGCAACAAGUGGGUAUCAAACAAGUGGAUCCACGAACGAGGUCAGGAGUGGCGGCGACCCUGCGGUCUGAACGAAACUGAAUGAUGUGAAAAAAAAAGAAAAAAGAACUACCCUUCCUAUCAAAUCUCCUAUCCCUCUCCCUUUCUCGUUAACCACCGAGGACCAGAGAACACUGCAGCACAUCACAGAUGAUCCAUGGGAUCCAAAUGGCUCCCUUCCUACCUGCCUGUCUGACUGUCAGCAAACAAUGUGUGCCCCUCCCCCCCCCCCCCCCCCCCCCCAACCUGUUUUCUGUCUGUGAGCCCAGAGAUUGUUUUGAUAACAUCGAGCCCCCUGGGCAGCAUCUGCGUCGCUGUGACAGAUAACAUGUUCUUAGGGUUGUCGGAUUGGUUUUGAGAAACACUCGAGCUUUGUUCACUCCCACGAGUCUUUCGUUGCACUCUGAAUGAACUCCAGCUCUGUGGUGAGGUUUUCCUUCAGUUUGUGACUGCAGGGGCCAGCUUCCCCCACUUUAAAGUGAACUGUAAAGCGUUUUUUUCACAUUUUUAUGUGGCCUGUCUGAUUUAUUUUGUUUGACCCUUGGCCCUUAGAGUGUUUUAGUGCACUUUUUUUAUCAUUGUUAGCUGGACUUUAUCGAGUAUAUUCGAGUGUAAAACUCCAGUAGGUUCACUGAAUUGUCUUUUUUAUAUCUCUAAUAUUUAAAAUCUUGUCUUGGCUUCACAGAGUUUGUCAUUAAACACCUAAGAUGGUGCAUGAACAAACAGAAAUCCCCUGUUACAGUUACAAGGAGUAUUCAGAGCAAAGUUUUCAUCUUUUGCUAAAUCUAUGCAAUACCUUAUCACAUAUAGCACAUUAUGUGAUUUGCCACAUUCCCCCCUCUCCCUCCAGUGUUUACAACGUGGCAACAACAAAGACCAUAAAUGGGGAUUUGCUUAAACAAAAUGUGUUUAUGAAGUCAUGGAAAGUCCCAUCUAAAUACGCUCCAAGCAGUCUAUUGUGCCAUUUUGUUAGUUCAAAUGGGUCAUCCUGUAUAAAGUUUAAAGUCAAAUGAAUAAUUAUCAGCUGGUUUUCAGUAAAUAUGAGCAACAGAACAAACACUAACCGGAACAGCCUGAAAUUCUCUUUUUUUUUAUCAGUGAUUGAUGGCAAUAAGGGUGAAAAUAUUUGGUUUUCCAGACAUGCAUUUUAUUUAUAUGACCCAGUCAACCUUUAACUGUAUUUUCUAUAAUAAAGACCUUUUACUGAUAGAAAACCCAA